ACAUGUACUUAUGCACAUGUCAACAUAUGUACGACAUAAAUAGAUGGAUUAGAUAAAGUUAUGCAAUACGGGAACUAAAGCUAAAUUUGUAUCAUCAUUUUACAUAUUUCAAUGUGUAAUAUGCAUUGGGUUAAACAGAUUCUUAAGGUAAAAAAGUUAUAAAUGUAUUACUUUUCACUGCGAGGGUCUCAGUGUUUUAUUCAUGUCCACAUCGUCAGCAUACAUAAAGCAUUAUCGACCUUUGGAUUAAACAUGAAGCUGAAAUUAUUGCUCUGCUUGUGGAGUACCAUUGUUACUUUCCUACAAGUUGGUGGCGUGGAUCCAUCAAAUUCAUCCCAACAACCCAUUUUAUCAACAAAAACAAAACCAAAUAUUACAAAAAAAUUAACGGGCGAUCCCAAAAUUUUUUCUAUACGUCGAGCUAAAGUAGAAACACUUAGUAAUGCAAAAGAGGCGAUCAAAGAAGAAGGAAUACUUCGAUCACGGGAAGCCAAUUAUGGGGACAAAAAACCCACACUCGUUAAAAUCACAACAUACACUGCUGAAUCUGAAGAACCUGAACGGCAUAAUGUGGAUGGGCUUAAGAAACCUAUUCGGUUUUCAAAACUGAUUUCUAGUAAAUCCACAAUUGCGGAUAAGAAACCAGUAAGAGUUACAAUUUCCCUUUUUGAGGAAAAUAAUAAGAAUAGGGCACCUUCGGCGUCUCUCAGACUUCAAGAAUUUGUUCCACACCACGUGGAUCUGAAUGUGGAGAAUCAAGUUGACGUCACUCAUAGCACGAUGCAGUUUGAACCCAUGCGUAUGGUUGAAAUUCAGGAGAAAGUUUUGCAUGGACCGGAAGUGCUCCCUCCAACACCGACUGUACAAUACUUUCCGACCAAUCCAAUUCUAAAUUAUCAGUAUUUCACCCAAGCACAGCCACAAUUUCAGAGUUAUUAUCAGCAGCAACAUCAUGCUUCUCUCGUCUUGAACCCCCAGAAUAUUGACGUUCGACCAUCUGUAGCCAAAAGUGACGAAAGCGUAGACGUUGUUACACCAUCGAGUCUGAAACCUCCGUCGCCACUUUCACUCCCCCAAUACAACUUUGCGUAUCGAGUUCAUGACUCGAUAUCUGGGACAAAUCAUGGUCAUACAGAAUUCAGAAAUGGGAAUGUGGUGCAUGGCAGAUACGCUUUAAUGGACCCGGAUGGAUUGCUGAGAACAGUUUCAUACACGAGUGAUCCAGUUUAUGGGUUUAACGCGGUGGUGGACAGACAAUUUCCAAGCCAUACAGCAGACACAAAUACCCAACUAAACAAUGGAGGUAUUUCGUAUGGAUAUCACCACCACGGCCAUGGGAAUCCUGGAUUUUUCGCAUACGCAUUAUGAUGAUGCAUAUUUAGUCGAAUCCGCAAUCAAUUCUGGGAGCUGUUCCUGAUUCACGAGGCGCGGAUUGAAAGAAAUCAAUUUUCAAAUUAUGUUCAAAAACUUUGUUAGGUGCCGAAUGGUGAUCUCGAAACGCUAUUCGGAUCAAGUAGAUGUUUUCUCAACAUCGGAAUUUUCUUCUACUCCCCAAGCCAAGUGUUUAUUUUGUUAUUAAUAUGUUGUUUUACUAUAUCAGUAGGUGUAUCUUAUAAUAAAAUACGUCUACCGUGUGUACAAUGUAGGGAA